GGUAUCUAGACCGUUGAUGGUUCAGUAUCUUCGUGUCCGCCGCGACGUAUGAACGUUCUGUGAACAAUUACGGUCUGUCGUUAUGUUUAGAUUUUAUUUUCGUGCAAUGUAAUAUUAAAAUUCACGUGCACAAUUAUUAAACUAAAAUAAAUAAUUCGUAUUCGAUUAAAUAUAUCUGCACUAGCUUUCAUCUUUGAAUCUAAUAAAAAAAAUAAUUGAAAGGCACAUGUGUUAGAAUACUUUUUGCAAAUAUUAAACAAGAUAAGGACGCGUUUGAAAAGUUUAUAGUUCUUCCAAGGUUUCAGCUAACAGUGAUUUAUUUCGUACCUUUCAUACAAUUGAAAAAAUUCAAGAAUCGGUGACGUCGAGCGUGAUCGGUUUAUGCGCACUCCAGGGAUCUUUGGGGGUGGCACUCUUUCACACAAAGAAUCUGAAAAAUAAUUCAUAGGAUUUUCAUCCGCUUUAUUUAGAAAAAUCGAUAUUCCCGAUCGAACAGUCUCGAUUUCAAGUAAGUGCAGAUGCGGAGUUAAAGUUCCAUCAAAGUGCUACGUGAAACCAGGAUAUAUAGUGAAACGUGGGAGUAAUUCUGAACAUCGUUACAAAUAGUGUGGAAAGUUUGGACUUCGAUUAAGUGAUGCAGUGUUGUGCAACGAGUGGGCAAAAGACUUUGGAAAGUGUGUAACGUGAUCGACGUUUUUGUGAAAAAUAUCGGAAACAGUGACGAUCAGAUGGGAAGUGAUGUCUACCUAUUAUGGCAGAACCGUUCUCAAAGAGAUUCAUCACAGCUAAGUACAUGGGUUCGUUUCCCGUGGCGAUUCCCGACAUUGCCAGCCGUGCUGAGUACGUGCGCACCCAAUUGGAGACUCUCAGAUACAGCGAUCGGUCUACGCCUGUUCUUCUGAUAGUCUCGCUAGCGGGUAUCAAAGUAUGCAGUCCAGAUGGAAAAUGCGUGCAAAUGGCGCACGCGUUGAGGCGCAUCUCGUACGCAACCUGUGAACCUCAGCACGCUCAAUUCAGCUUCCUCGCUCGAGAGCCGAGAGCGCACUUCAGCAUACAAUAUUGCCAUUCUUUCAUCACCGAAUCUGCAGAACAGGCGGAGGAGUUGAACACCCUAGUCGGCAAUGCUUUUCGUAUGGCAUACGUGGCGCAACUUCAGCGCCAGCCGAUCCUUCACGAUGUGAUCUCACAGCAAUCAGCGCCACCCUAUCGCAAGGACAAACAGGAGACUCGGUCUUCGUGGAACCAAUCGCUAGCUGGCGACAAUUCGAUCGCCGGUGUGGGCGGUGGUUGCAGAAAUUCAUCCUCGAAUUCGUGGCUAAAAAGUCGAACGUCGCCCACGUCCAGAAGUGGAAGCGGUUCGUCUGUGGCGGACAUGAACGUACAGCUUGGCAGUGCCGGCUCGCCCACGCUGCGACUCGCCAGCGUGAAGACACCGAACUCGAUCCCAGGACUACGGCCGACGCACAAUUUCACGAACGUUCUCGGCCCUAUAACGAACGAGGACGAGCCAAAGAGUAUCUCUCAGCAAAGUACACCGAGCAGCGAUGAGAGCAACUCCCCGACGGAACUGAACUCGUACAAGAGGCUAACGGACAAGCCGCCUCUGAUAAAGCGGCUGGCGAUGGGUUUGACAGGUGGACGUGACGUUCUUGGACUAAACGGUGAGGAUGACAGCUGCCCCCUCGUCAGCGGUAGCAGUACGCCGACGAGCCCAUCGAAUAGGCCCCAUUCGGGGGGUUACAUAAACGAGGCGAUCAUCGACUCGGAGGGCACCAGACCUACCUACAACAAAAUACCCCCGUCCGAGAGUCUGGACAACACUAUCAAUGCCUCCAUUACCGCGAAAAACUUCAACAUCGAGAACAACAGGAUAGGACAUAACUCUCCAAGUUCGGGUACGGAAACAGAAUUCAAGUCGAAGAGAAGAUCCCAAAUUAGUACUUCGAGCAGUUCGGUACCUGCUGACGGAAGUACUCACGGAUCGACACCCACACCUCCACCCCUGCCUGAAAGAACGGAUAGCUUGAACAAUCGUAGCGAGGAGGCUGAAUUGCGUAAAGCUCCCUGGUUCCAGGCUGGAAUACCAAGGGAAAUAACGUUGGAAGUAUUGAGCCAGGAGCCGGAAGGAGCCUUCAUGGUGAGGGAAAGCACCAGUAAACCCGGAUGUUAUGCCCUCUCGCUUCGAGUACCGCGCGAAUUCCAACCGAGCGGAAUAGCCCAUUAUCUUAUAAUGCGUACGAACAAAGGCUACAAAAUCAAGGGUUUCACGAAGGAGUUCACGACGCUCACUGCCCUAAUUACUCAUCACUCGGUGAUGCCAGAGUUGUUGCCGUGCCCACUGUCUCUAAGCCGGUACAAUCCCAGCUUCGUGAAGAGUGAUUCCAACAAGGACUUUGCGGACAUCGAUUCGGAUCCUGAUUACAACACCCUGGCCGACUUCCGGAAGAUGAUGGCCGAUUUGAACGUCUAGAAUGAAUCUCUGGGGAACCGAAAUGACCCGGAAGGCGAUUUGGAACAAUCGAUUCGUUCAACGACGCUUUCAAACUUCGAACAACCGUGGCAAGCUCGUUCCAAGAGACCACGCGAGACUGAAUCACGCUUUGGAAAGAAAACGCGUUUACAGACACGAGGAAUACGCGAAAUCGAGAGGGAAAAACGCGCGUUCGCGUUGAAUUCCGCGUCGAUCGUGCUCGUUAAAAGGGGCAUUGUGAUCGAUAGCGUACGAGAACAAUGCGCUGUGUACUCGAAAACGAAACUGUAUGUUCUCGCGGUGAUAAGUAUUCGUAAGUCGUCGAUAUCGCUAAGGUACUAUUAACGAGUAAAUAAUAGCAAAUCAAAAGUCGAAGGACGUACAGCAGGGAAACUGACUCCUUAUUUUGUAGAUCGAUUCGCAGAGUUUUGCUAUUAAAUCGAGACCGUUUGAUAUCGACGUCGCUCGAUUGAAAUGCCAACGAAUAUAUCGCGGUUGCAACGGAUGUGUUCGUUGGCAUGAGUCCCUUAGGAGCGUCGCUCUGUUUGCGCGUUAACAUAUCCUGACACCAGCUCUGCGAAGGGGAGUCCUGGAGAAUAACUAGUUCGCAGCAUCCUUUCGUGUGAAGUGAAGAAUUACCGCAAGAAUGGGAUGAGUAUAUUUUUGAAUGUUACUGUGAAUGUAUUUUGAAUGGAUUUCGUAUUGAGUGGACUCUGUAAAACUGUAUCGGUGUCACGAUACGGUCGCGUUUAGUUUACGAAUCGAAGUUUAACCGACACCAUUGCGUUGACAACGAUCGUUAUAGGUCUGGACAAAUUGGUAGCACAUGUGUGUUAUAUGACAUUUCUCGAAAACAACGUACAGUUUUUUUAAUCGUGGCGCGAGGAAGAAGGAAACUUGGAUUAAAUCAGUUUGUGCCCACUGACUUUCACAAUAAAUAAGGUACACAGAUAAAUAACAAAGACGAAAUGAUAACACGCUAACUUAAAUUUAAUGAAAUAGUUUCAAUUAUUCAGCAGCCUCUGGUUCAACACAGAUACAGGAAUCUGAUUUUCAAGUAAAAUAUUCUCUUUAGAAAAGUUCUCUUUUGUCAAGCAACGUGUCUUCUAGAUGAGGAACAAUUGUUUAAAAGUGUCUAACAAUGAUAAUAAAUAUUUAUUAAGUAGAAGAAACUCCGCGCUUCGGUCUGCAUUUCGUUAAAAUCGAAUGGGAUGGUUCUAAACCGAGUUACAACACUUUAAAGUUUCUUAUUUAACAGACACUUUAAUCGUAAUGUGUAAGAACGACCGACAAAAAUAGUAGUAAACAUUGUAGUAUUUCCUGGAUGGAAAACCCUUCAAGUUCUGUAGAAGAGAUACGAGUAUAUCUUUUUUUCCUUUUGAUCGCUGAUUCUGAAUUUGAACUCAAAAUGUAGAAAUUCAAAAUGGCGGACCCAAUAUCGCGGAAUAUAAUACGAAAGUGACUGGUUUUGAAUGAAACUUUAUUCAACAUAGAUUAAUAAAACUAGAAAAUUCCAUGUCCAGAGAUUAAAUAUAGCACACAUGUACUAUCCUUAUUUCCAGUACUAUAAAAAUUCCACUACAUCUUGUGAUUCGGUGCUGGAAUACUAUCAGGAAAGAGCAACGCGUACAGACCGAUGUAUGAUUUUGUAUUUGUUUGAAUGCGUCGACACUGCGAUUAUGUUUUCGUUGAUUUUUCGAUCGAUCGUUGAGAGGUGAAAGCAACUAAACAGUGUGUUCCAAAAUUAAUGUACAUGUGUUUAUAUGUAUAUAAAUUAUAAUUAUUGUUAUACCAUACUACUUAUAUUUAAUUAAACGAACUCGGCGGUGGAGCGUUAGAAGGGGCUGUAUUCCUUGGAAUAUCGACAAGACGUAGAAUUCCGGGAGCGUCGAAGCCGAUGGAGAAAAUAACUUUGCAGUGGUAAUUUAAUCGAUCGACUCACCUAGUCUUGUACAGAAUUUGCGUGCGCAUAGUGAUUAAUUAAGACGAAAGAAGGGGGAAGAAUAGGGAAAUUACACACGCGUUAUCAACAUCGACCAGCGAAACGGAGAAAUGUGUGCCGCUUUUUGUACGCCCAUGAGCAUAGAACUGUAAGGGAACACUUCGUGCAAUUCCUACUCCUCAAUUUUUGUUUGUUUGUCAAUAUGUAACGAAACGACUUAUCGAGACAACUGCCGCCCUUCUAUAUCCGAUGAUACGGAACACAUCAGAUCAAACUACACGAACGGCCGUCAAUUUAUCCUACGAAGCAACGUCGUUGAGACGUACGCUAACCGACAAACGACAAAAUAAUAUUUUACUAAGAAGUUUACGCGCGUUCAAGUACAUCUGGCAACGAAAUUGUAUACAACUCACUCCCUGCCAUGUUAGGAUUUACAUAUAAAAAUCGAUAAAUGUGGUUUUACAUUCAUUUAUUUAAAUCGAAUCAACCGGACGCAUGUAAGCUAUAAUGCGGACUUCAAUGAGCAAAUGUAAGCAAAAUCGCGAAGAUAAAAUUCGCUUAUCGUCAUCCUUCGAGAAACGAAUAGGAUAAAACUUCAGCGUGAUUUAGUUAGUUAACGAACCAUUCAUUGUAACUUCGAUAUCGAGAUUAGGGUACAGGAAAAAUCUUUGUAUCGCCAAAUUGAUUAACGUUCUGCUAAGAUGAAUGCGCAAAGAAAACGAAAGGAAAUCAAUUAAUCGUUGUAAUCUACGCUAAGCGAGACAUUAAUCACUGCUUGAAGUUUGUAACGUUUUACGAAUCAUUAUAGCAAUGCGUUGUAUAAUUUCAAUAAAAUUAUUUAUUAAAAUAAACGAUAAAUAAAAAUAAUAUAAUUUAGUCUAUAAACUAACGUCCGAAAUAGUUUACCCACUAUAAUAAUAAUUAGCCUUCUAGGCUACAGGCAGUGAGAAGUCCACGGUAAUAUUUUCAAAAGGAAGAAGUGAAUAAGUGAGUUUAAUUUAUAAGGGUGCGAAGUGAUAUAACAUGACUAUAACACCUAAUGUACCAAUCUUUCAUUCCUUCGUUUUUUACAUUCAAUUCUUGCUUUACGUUACUUUGCAUUUGUAUAAGUAGUUUCUAAGGGUCAUAUGUCCCUUAUAGCUCGGGUACCUCGGGAUCGCUAAACCCGUACUGUAGCUACCAUAGCUACAGCCCCUGAG